ACAGCAUCCCUGGCUGUGUCCUAGCAAGGACAUGCGCAAAAGCUCUCGCUUUCGAUUCCUCUGUAGGCAGCCCAGCCAAGUAAACUGUCAACAAACAAGCAUCCGAGAGUAACUGAGAGUAGUACAAUGGGGGAUGGAUAAGGAUGGAUUGAGCGAAAGAGUAGAAGUAAGCAUUCAAAAGGAGUCAGUCGUCUGCACAGCAUCAAAAAGAAAUUUUUUAAAAUCAGUUUCUCGUGGUCAACCAAAUGGCAAAGAGGGAACGAAAACAGCAGCUGCUCAAUUCAAUUGGAACAAGCGAAACUAUAUAAACGACAGUGGGCAGCCAAAGGACGAAGGACAAGAAGAGUGCAGUUAGUCGUGUGAAAAAAUGUUGCACUUGUUUUUGUAAUUGUUGUAUCGAAAGUGCAUGUAAAUGUGCCACACACAAGCAAUUAGCGAAAUCAGAACAACAUCUGUAACAAAAGAUGACAAAAUGUCAAGGACUUAAGUGAGCGUCAAGGCGUACAAUACGAGAGUGGAAAUUAUAGCGCAUUAAGAUUUGUUUGUUAGCCUAAAGAAAGGUCCUCAAACAGGAUGCGUGCCUACUACAGUGCAAAGGAUAAACGCAAAUACGGCGAUAUGAGCUAUGAGAGUAAAUAUCUGCUGGACCCCAAGUUCAUGACGAAAAGGGACUUGCAGCACUACUAUCGAUAUUACAAUAUGACAAAGAAUCGUGGUCAAUUAAAAAAAAUUGUAGUCAUCAUAUUUUUUGUGUGCGUCUUCUCGUAUCUCUUUGUCGACUACAAUUUGAGGACUAAACUACUUCGCCUCCGAGAUCGUUUCGACUUCAUAGCUCGCAUCUAUGAUGCCGACUAUAAUAUAAGUCAGGCAUACUUUGUGGAUACACCCGGGUGCAGAAUGCCAUAUUUUGAGAUUACAGACGAUAAUAUAGCACAGUUCAUGUUUAAGCCCAAGCCAUACUCUUGCAAAAAGUCCCUAAUUAAAGCAAGUGACGAUACGCCCGGAGAGUUGCAUUUGAAUAUGCAACCCAAUGAGCUCCUGAGUUACUACAAUGUCAGCGAUAUAGCCACGAUAAGUUGUAAAUAUAAGGAAAUACGUAGAAUAACAGAUACCGCGAUCGGGUUCUUACCCCAAGUUCCAUUUAAGUUGGAGGAGAUAAUGCGGUUGCCUUCGAAUCUGGAAUUCAUUCAAGUGGAAUGCUAUGAUGCAUCGGCUCAUCGAAUUUACGUGGACUAUCAUUUCUUUGGAGUGGAUAAGAACGAAUCCAAAGUGAGUGCACCAACAGGAAAGAACUAUAAGAGAGUAAGAUUAAAUGAGAGUGAGCCAAUCAGAAAGACGGAGCAACAAGAAGGACUCUCAGUAAUGAUUUUGGGCUUAGACAGUGUCUCCCAUUUAAAUUUUUUGAGGCAAAUGCCCAAGACUUCCACUUACAUCAAGAAACACUUACCCCAUGUAGAAUUCUGGGGCUUUAACAAGGUGGGGGACAACACAUUUCCCAAUUUAGUGCCUUUACUGAGUGGUCUCGAUCAGCAGGAAUUAUACAUUUCAUGUGUGAAUAAAGUAAAGCCCGUUUUCGAUCGAUGCUCCUUUAUAUGGAAGAGAUUUAAACAAGCUGGCUACAAGACUGUGUUUGCAGAGGAUGUAGGUGAAAUCGCCAUGUUUAAUUAUUUCCAAAAAGGAUUCCGCAACGCGCCAACGGAUUACUACUUUCGACCCAUAAUGCUGGAAAUGGAAAAGAAUAUAGCUAACACUCGUGUUUUAAAUUUGAACCUCUGUAUGGGGGGUCGAAGAACCGCUGAUAUUCUUCUGGAAUACAUCCGUAAGCUAAUACCAAAAUUUCAAAGAGAACUUUUCUUCUCAUUCUUUUGGACAGUAACGUUAACUCAUGAUUACUUCAAUGCACCUACGCUCUUGGACGGACAAAUGGCUAGCCAGUUGAGAAAUUUGAAGGAAUCAGGAGUUCUGAAUAAGACUCUGGUAUUUCUCAUGUCGGAUCAUGGGUUAAGAUUUGGCUCCUUUCGAAAGACCUAUCAGGGCAUGAUGGAGGAGCGACAGCCACUGCUAACAAUUCUCUAUCCGGAUUGGCUUGCCGAAAGAUAUCCGGAAGCUGUGGCCAAUUUACAACUAAAUGCAAAGAGAUUAACCACACAUUUUGAUAUCCAUGCCACAAUGUUGCAUUUGCUCGAUAUGCGAAAUCUCGAGAAAGAACAAUUGCAGAUCAGUGCAGAAGAAAUGAAUGAACCGGAUAGUACACUGCCUCGCGGCAUUAGUCUAUUUCUGCCAGUUCCAGUGGAGAGGACAUGCGAGCAGGCGAACAUUGCCUCACAUUGGUGUACUUGCCAUGAGAGGCAGGAGAUGUUAACAAAUGAUGGACGAGUGCAGAGAGCCGCCCGUUAUUUAGUGCGUCUGAUCAAUGAUCGGCUUAAACCGCAUCCGCAAUGCCGCACGCUCUAUCUGAAUUCCAUAUUGCAGGCCUUUAUAGCCGCACCGCAUCACAAGAUUCUCAAGGAAUUGGAGAAUGACUAUGCUGUGGACAUAACUCUUAGACUGCAGACGAAACCGGGUCUGGGUGUUUUUGAGUCUACUGUGCGAAUGUCCGGCUAUACAACUGCUCUGACUGGCACAAUCAGCCGGAUUAAUCUGUAUGGAAGUCAAAGCUUUUGCAUCAAUGAUUCCACUCUGAAAAUGUUCUGCUAUUGUCAUAGGUAGAGAGAAGAUUAUGUUCUGGACCGGGGAAAGUUGAGAGCUGAAGACUGUCAAGUCAAGUCCAAAAUCCGUAGCCUUAGACAUUAAUAGUAAUCUUUAUUUAUUUCUAUGAAAUAAAUUAUUUAAUUGUAUAAAGAAUUGAUUCAGAUCCUUAGCUCAGCAAUGGAGCUCAUUCAAAUCUACACAUUGAUAUACUUAUAUGUAGUGAGAUUGCUAGAAUCCUUUUUGUUGACAAUAAAACUAAAUACUUAAUUAACUUAGAUUCGAAAACUCAACAAGCCGAUUCCGUUAACGGCUAAAAAAUAAAUAAUAUUAUAAAUAUAUGUAAUUGUAUGUAGUAAAACUUAUAAUAUACAUAUGUGCGAUUAGGCAAUUGAAUUUGAGAAACUAUAAGUAAAGAAUGUCAAAUAUAAGUAUGUAGGAGUACAUGAACAUUAUAAA